GGCAAGCUUUUAUUAUCUAGAUAAAAUAUGAAAAUUUCAGUAACUAAAGCAACAUUAUACCAAUACACUGUUGUUUCUGAUUUUUAAUAUCAAUAAUAUUCCCGGUUUAUACACACAAAAAAAAUGUUAUACCCAAAUUGACGUCGACAAAUACACUAAAUAAAUAAGGAAGAUAAUAUUUGUUAAUUUUUAAGACCUUCCUUUUAUUCUUACAAUAAAUGAAACUACAACCUUGGUAUAUUGGUAUAUUUCAGCCCAUGCUUCAACUCACUCGUGUAGUAAAUACAUAAAAGUUAAUAUACUUCAGUCCAAGCAUGAAUUCUCGGCCAACUAACCAAGUUACAAAUAGGAUAAUACUUCUGUCAAUGCAUCACACUUAUAACUCGCUCCCUUCAACACCAAUGCAAAGAAUGAAUUCGUCAACAACUGGAUCAUUUUCUGAGGUCGAUGACGAACAUUCACCUUUAGUGUCUGGCCAGUCAUCACCAAGGACACGCUUGGUUUGGCAGAUGUCACAGUCCAAUGCUUACCAAAUACCAGAUGGCAAUGAUGGAAAUCCUACCAGACCUAGGUCCAGUAAUAGAACUCUUGGGACUUUUGCUGGUGUAUUUUGUCCAGUGGCAUUGUCAAUGUUUAGUACUCUUCUUUUUCUGAGAGCAGGUUUUGUGGUUGGGCAAGCAGGAAUACUUGAAAUCAUGCUACAGCUUAUAUUGGCUUACUUUAUUCUUAUGAUGACAGUCCUGUCAAUCUGUGCAAUAUCGACCAAUGGGGCAGUUGAAGGAGGAGGAGCCUAUUAUAUGAUAAGCAGGGCUUUAGGGCCAGAAUUUGGUGGCAGCAUUGGAUUUUUAUUUUUUGUAGCCAAUAUUUUAGCCUGUGGACUCUAUGUUACAGGCUUCGUUGAAGCUGUUUUGGACAGUUUUGGUCCCAAAGGAAGCAUGAUAUCAGAUGGCGGGGCCUAUUUACCCUUAGAUGACAAGGAAUGGUAUAAGUACCUGUAUUCAUCUGUAGUCCUAUUUUUCUGUUUGGCCAUCUGUAUGAUAGGAGGAAGCAUGUUUGCUAAAACUUUGAUUGUUAUUUUUAUGAUUACUGUGAUAUGUACACUAUCAGUAUACAUCAGUAUAUUUGCAAAGAGUGACAAAAAGUUGAUACAGAACCCUAGGAUUGACAUGUUGGACAAGAGGAAUGAAUCAUGUGCUAACCACACCUUCUACACUGGUCUCUCAGGAACCACGUUCAAAGAUAAUUUGUAUGAAAAGUAUGGUAAAGACUACAUAACACAUGACAAGAUGGAUUUUGCCACAGUAUUUUCUAUUUUGUUCAGCAGUGUUACUGGUAUCCUAAAUGGAGCUAACAUGUCAGGAGAAUUAAAGGACCCAAGUAAAGCCAUUCCUAAAGGCACCCUGUCAGCUGUUAGUUUCACUUUUGCGACCUAUUUUAUUCUGAUGGUAUUGGUUGGUGCUUCUUGCGAUAGGUGUCUUCUGCUGAAUGAUUAUCUGUUUCUACAGUCCAUUAACCUGUGGAGUCCAUUUAUCCUGAUAGGUAUAUUUGCAGCCACCCUGUCUGCAGCGUUAGGAAAUCUGAUUGGAGCAUCUAGAAUCUUACAGGCAUUAGCUAAUGAUGAAUUAUUUUGGUUUGUUUUAAGGCCUGCCACAAAGGUUACUAGGGGAGGUAAUCCAUACAUUGCUGUGUUGAUUUCCUGGUUUCUUGUUCAGAUAGUAUUGUUAGUGGGAUCACUGAAUGCCAUUGCUCCUGCAGCCUCUGUGUUCUUCCUUCUGUCCUAUGCCUCUGUCAAUCUGGCAUGUUUGGCAUUAGAGUUGGCAUCAGCUCCAAACUUUAGGCCAACAUUCAACAUAUUUACCUGGCAUACCUGUGUUCUAGGGAUGAUUGGAUCAGUCGUGAUGUGUUUUUUAAUCAGCCCUAUAUACAGUUCUAUAGCAGUUAUUAUAAUGCUGUUAUUGGUUAUUUUGCUGCACUUUAAAUCAGUUCCAUCAGAAUGGGGCUCUAUAAGCCAGGCUUUGAUCUUCCAUCAGGUGAGGAAGUAUUUACUAAUGUUAGAUCCGAGGAAAGCCCAUAUAAAAUAUUGGAGACCACAAAUAUUGUUAAUGGUAGCCCAUCCAAGACAGGCCUGUGAACUUAUUCAUUUCAUCAAUGAUAUAAAAAAGGGAGGGCUAUUUAUUAUAGGCCAUGUUAAAAUUGGGUCAUUGGAUAAAUUUGAUUAUGACCCAGUUCAGAUGGAAUAUCCACAGUGGAUGAGUCUGAUUGAUAAACUUAAAGUUAAAGCCUUUGCUGAAUUGACAUUGGGUAAUACUGUUUCAGAAGGUCUAGCACAUUUGAUCAGACUUUCUGGUCUAGGUGGAAUGAAACCAAAUACUGUGUGCCUAGGAUUUUAUGAUGAUUCAAAACCUGUUGAUUCUUUAGUAAAAUGUAUGAGGAGAAAAAGACGAUUCUUUUCAUCGGAAGGAAUUGAUGGAUCAAAUGAUGUAGACAUGAUGUUUGAUAACCUUCCAAUCAGAAGUGAGAGAAGUCACAAGCACCAGAGUCCUUCAGAUUACGUGAAGAUGAUAUACGAUUCAUUAAAAUUACAGAAAAACGUCUGUAUAUGUAGACAUUUUAACCAGCUUGAUAAAUCUAUGAUUUUAAAGUCAACCACUGAAUAUUAUAUUGAUGUAUGGCCUUUGAACUUAUUCAGACCGUACACAGCUAGUAUUUUCGAUGACACAUGUUUAUUCAUGCUUCAGCUAGCAUGUAUACUUGACAUGGUUCCAGGAUGGAAAUCGAAAACAUAUCUUAGGGUCAUGCUGUGUACCAAUAAUGAAGGCGUUGCAGGUAAAAAUGUGGAAACAAAACUAGACAAGGUUUUGAAAACCUUCCGCAUUCCAGCAAAAAUCCAGCCAAUUUCCUUAGACCUAGGAGAAUCUUACAAAGACUUAUCUGAAGAUGAAGACCACCAAAUGACUCUAUAUAAAUCAAUACCAGAACCUAUAGUUCAGAAAAUAAACACUAGGAUAAAAGAAUGUUCCAAAAAGACUGCAGUGACCUUUAUGUACUUACCAAGACCACCUCAGGAUACGACUGGCCAGCUUGAAUAUCUCCUCAGCCUUACUGCACUAACCAAUGAUCUACCUCCCACAGUGCUUGUUCAUGGAUUAAAUCCAGUUAUAUCAACAACACUUUAAUAGUUAACUAUGAACAGAGAAAACAUUGUGAUAUUUAAAAAUGCCUUAUUGUAUAGUUUGUAAAAGGAACAAAAUUAUGUAAAUGCAAUGUGAUUUUAAUUGAACAGGUCUAUUGUGUGUUCCAUACCUGCUAAUGAACCAGUUCUAGGAAGGAGACUCCUUCUUUUUCAUUAAUCUUUUUAUGCCCCCGCCGUAGCGGAGGGGGCAUUAAGUUUUACCUAUGUCUGUCUGUACGUCCGUCCGUCCGUCCGUCCAUCCGUCCGUACGUACGUCCCAAAAUUGGUUUCUGUUCUCUAACUUUAGUUUGCCUCAACCAAAUGUUUUGAAACUUAUACACAAUGUUUAUUACCACAAAACACAGAUCAAGUGUGAAUUUUGGUGGCGUCACUUUUACCGUUCUAGAGUUAUGUCCCUUUACAGAUGGAAAAAUUGCUGAAUUUUUCUUUUCCGUUCUCUAACUUCAGUUUGCCUCAACCAAAUGUUAUGAAAAUUAUAAACAAUAGUUAUUACCACAAAACUCAGAUCAAGUACAAAAUUGGGUAGCAUCACUUUUAUUUUAAGUCAUUCGUUUUCGACCUAUCACCUACAAGGGAGGUCAAAACCUUUGACAAAUAAUCCCCCUAUUUUCCCCCCUUUCAUUAUUUGAGUAGUUUUCAUAAUAUUGUCUGUGAUUGAUUUGGGUUGUAUUGCAAAAACAAUUGUUAUUUGCACAGUAAGAAGACACCCAAUCCAUCAAGGAUGUUGUUUUUACUGAUUUAGUCUAUGUAUAGAUAAUUUUAUUUUAUCAUUUUGUGCUUAAAUAUUAAAAUUCUAUAUACAUGAAGUAUGUAGAUAAAAUAAAGUUAGUAAAAAAAUGUUGCAACACAUAAUCUCCCCUUUUAGUAGAGCUGGAAGCUUUUUGUGGUUUUGGCAACAACUAAAGAAGAUAGAGAAACUGUACACAGAAAAAAUUAUCAGAAAUAUAAGAUCAACACUUAAAAGAUUUUUGUCAUGAAUUCUAUUCUAGUCCAGAUUGUUCAAGAUACACAGAGACCUAGGUGAGCGACACAUUAACAGUUUUGUAGGAUUAAAAGAUAAUGACAGAAGCAUAAAUUGAAAAUAUUUUUUUUGCUUUUCCCUUUUUUACUAUUUAAGGAACAUUGUUUUAUUGUGAACUUAUAAACAUUUUCAUACAGUAUGAGAUUAAAAUUUUCAGGCAUCAAUGACUUUGUUAAAUCUUCAUGAAAUGUUAUGAAAAUUGGAAGGAAGAUUCUUCAAGAUCAAGAAAAAGCAUCUUAAAAAAAGUUUUAUUUUUAAUUUUUCCCUUUUUUCAUUAAUUAAUGGAUUUAAAUUUUGACAGUCAACAUCACAUUUUUACACUGACAGUAGCAAUCGCAAGUGAGACACGGUUCCCCAGUACCCUUUAGGAUAUUUUAUUAGUGUAGUUAAUACUAGUAUGAAAAAUCCUGUUUCCUUAGGCAAUUUAAUGAACAAAUUUUUCUAACAAGUUUCAUUUUGUUUAAAUUAUUUUGAAUGUUGAUUAAUGAAACACUACUAUUACUGAUAAGAGGGAUCUAUGUAAGUUUGUUUUGCAUGUAUAUUAUUAGGUAAUUUAUAGAAUACUAGUUUGUGACAUCUUUCCUCUAAUCAAACAGAAACUGGGGAUACCUAGGAUCAUGAAAAAACAAAAACCAAACAACAUCAUGGAUCCCAUGAAAACUUUCCUUCUGUAGACAUCCUGAUUUUUCUUAGUUACUUUACUUUAUUGGACCAAAACACUGUGAAAUUCUUAUGGCAAGUUUAAAGGCAAAAAGUAAACACUGAUGUUCAGUAGUUGUCAUUUGUUGAUGUGGUUCAUAAGUGUUUCUCGUUUCUCGUUUUUUAUAUAGAUUAGACUGUUGGUUUACCCGUUUGAAUGGUUUUACACUAGUAAUUUUUGGGGCCCUUUAUAGCUUACUGUUCGGUGUGAGUCAAGGCUCCGUGUUGAAGACCGUACUUUGACCUAUAAUUGUUUACUUUUUUAAAUUUUGACUUGGAUGGAGAGUUGUCUCAUUGGCACUCAUACCACAUCUUCUUAUAUCUACUCAUUUUAUUUUGGGUAUUGAAGCUUUUUUUGUGAAAAAAGGCCAAGGGCAAUAAAAAAAACAAUAGUGCAAUGUACUUUUUGAUGAUUUUUCAAACAUAUAUAUCUAUCUGGGUUAAAUAUGAUUGCAGUCUUCAUGCUCGGACACAAGCCCAUCAGCCCACGCUGGUUAAAUAUCGCUUAUAAGAAUUUAUUCAACCUUUCCAAACUAAAAAACAAUUCAAGGAACAGAUUUAUUUUUAAUAAUACAUUUCUACAACUUGCCAAAGGAAAAUUGUUAAGGCAAAAUUACCAUUCCAAAAAUUUUAUAAUAUAAAAAUAACGAGAUGUGGUAUGAUUGACAAUAUAGUAUUCAAAUUAUUAUUUUGUUCAAACUCAUAGGGAGCUAAAUACAGCAUUGCCAUCACUUGCAUUUGAUAAACAGGUUCCACUUUGAAUUGUUAAUUUGCAUGCUUUGAUGAUAUUAUACAAUGCCUUGUUUAAUCCUAAUAUAAGUCUGUCUCCAUCACUUUUUAUCGAAUUGGUUUUGACCUUUGAUAAGGAAUACAAUUAAUGGAAUAGAUAAAUAUAUGUAUACAAUUAAUUUUUUUAUUAUUAUUAUUAUUAUUUACUGCCUGAGCUAUUAAUGCUAUUAUAGAAAAUGUUCGAUUUAUUAAAAAUCUAUAUUCAAUAACUACUAUGUACAAUGUAUGUGCAUAUUGUCUGUAAACCUUUCUCAAAUGUAAAAUACAAUUAUACUGCCAAUAGACACUCUGUCUCAAGUGAUUUGUAAACUUCCACCCAUCCUCAAGUCCUAUAGCACAGUAAACCUUCUCAAAGGCAUUUAAGUGUAAUAAUGGGCAUGUAUUGCCUUGAAAAUUUGUCUGGGAUCAGGAUGGUGCAAUAUUACAUUGCAGAUCUUCAAAUCAUAAUUUGAAAGUGAUAUGUAAACACUUCAAAAAAUGAAUUUGUUUAUUAUUUGAAACGACAUUUCAAUUAGUAUGAUGAUAUAUAUAUAUUUUUCUAACAUUGUUAGGUCAACAAAAUUUGUUAGAUCAACAACAGUAUUCAGGGAUGUACACCCAGUGCUUAAAUAAGUUUUCAGGAAACCGAUCAUUCCUUCACAUAUUUGCAUGUUUAAAAAAAUAUAUACUGUUUGAACACUUAUUUUGUGAAGGAGUUGUGUCAAAAUGUUUAAAUUUAUGCAUUUCAGAUUUAUAAAAUAGUGUAAAAGUUACACCUUUCGAAAACAACAUUCAAAUGCAUAAAAAGUCUAUAGGCUUGUAGAAAUUUAAAGAUACUUUAGCAGUAGUAGACAAAGCCAUACUCAAAAUACAUUUUACAUGUUUAUACAUCUACUGUGCAAUGUAUACUGUAUGUUUCUUUUUGGUGCAAUAUAUUUCAAUUUUUACUAUUGAAAUAAAUUUUUAAUUUCAUAUGUUAUUUAAAAAAAGCCUUAUCAUGAA